AUGGACGGCGGCGAGCGCGCGCGCCGGACCCGCCACGACUCAGACGAUGACAAUGGGUCCCACCGCCGCAAGCGGCGCAGGGACGCCUCCGCCGAGCCCGAUCUCUCCAAGCCGGUCCGGUUCGUCUCCUCCGGCUCCGUCAUACCGUCCCGGAAUCCAGGGCCCGGCCCUGUGAGCGCCACCGCCAAAGAGGAUGAGGCGAAGGCGGGGGCGGAGGAGGCGUCGGUGGUGAAGCCGCCGCCGGCCCCGGGGAGCGUGCGAUCCAACGCCAAGGUUGUCGAGAUGAUGCGCAUCAUGAGGUACGUUGACGGCAUGGACCUCGGCAAGGACGGGCAGGGGAUUACUGAACCGGUGGCGGUCACCGAGCGACACAAGAACGCCGGCCUUGGCCACGGCGAGGAACCCAUGACCCAGUCGGUCAAGGAGAACCUGCCGCCGCCCACUUCAACCAAGGAGCGGCCGCCACGGUGGUCGAAGAAGGCGAGGGCUAGGAAAGCCCCCGUCUUGGCGAAGAAUGCAUUGCCGGCAACGCGUGCCGAUCAGGCGCUGGAGGAGGCCGAGGGGCACCCCACCGUCGUCCAGAAGGUGAUCGACAGGCGAGGGCGGCAGGAGCGCGUGCUGACGGACCUGAGGGGGCUCAACGACGAGCAGGGGCAGGGGCAGGAGAUGCAGGCUGACGACGCUCCGAUGCCGGAGCUACAGCACAACGUGCGGCUACUUGUUGACGACACGGAGGCUAACGUUGUCUGGUUGGACGGCCAGCUGCGGCGGGAGCACGAGAAGGCGGCCAGCUUGGCGCGGGAGGAGACAAAGCUGUCGAAGCAGGAGGCGGCGCAGAAACGGCAGCUUCAGGUCAUGGAGACGAUUGCAGGGGCGCUAGAGCAGGUUCGGAUGGACGAUUCAGCCGGCGUCCUCACCCUGGAAGGACUGCUUCUGACGUUCAGGGACCUGAAGGCGCGCUUCGAGGAGGAGUUCAAGAUGUGCGGCAUGGCAUGGGUCGCUUGCCAGUUCGCGCACCCGCUGAUGGUCGGGUUCUUCCUGGGCUGGCAGCCGCUCGUGGAUCCGUCGGUUGGCUUGGAGCUCAUGUCAUCAUGGAAGGAUUUGCUGGAGGGAGACGGAGACCAGCCAUAUGACUUCUCGCACGGCGCCGCCGCUUCAAAUCUUCAAUGGCGCCGAACCAAUUCAUGGGAAGCAAGGGUUCCGGAACCAAUGCUCGAGUUUCUCAAUACAUGGGGGCAGGUGCUGCCCCCUGUCGCGCUUCAGUUGAUACUGGAGCAUGUGGUCAUGCCAAAGCUCUCGGCUGCCGUGGAUUCCUGGGAUCCGCGCAGGGAGAAGGUGCCUAUCCAUGUGUGGGUGCACCCAUGGUUGCCGAUGCUAGAGCAAAGCAGCAUAGAGACCCUGUGCCAUGCCAUCCGGUGCAAGCUGAGCAGCGUCCUCCGCGUAUGGCAAGCUCACGACACAUCAGCUCACGCUCUGCUGUCACCGUGGAAGAACGUGUUCGAUUCUGCAGUCUGGGAAGACCUGAUUGCUAGUUAUAUCGCCCCGAAACUGAGGAUGGCACUGCAAGAGUUUCAGAUCAACCCAGCGGACCAGAAGCUCGAUCAGUUCAGGUGCGUGAUGGUUUGGGCUUCUACAAUCCCGGUGCGCUGCAUGGUCCGAUUGCUGGAAGUUGAUUUCUUCAGCAAGUGGCAUAAGGUCCUAUACCACUGGCUGUGUUCCCCGAAUCCUGAUUUCAACGAGAUCGUUAAUUGGUAUAAGUGCUGGAAGGACAGUUUCCCACCUCAAUUGCUUGCUGACGCGCGCAUACGGAUGCUCUUAGCACUUGGCCUUGACAUGAUGGACCGAGACGCGGAAGGACUGGAUGUUGUGCAGCCUGGAACUGGGGAGAAUAUGCCAUACUUGAGAGGUAGUGGUAGAGAGAAACUUCAAGUUGAUGCAGCAGAUAAAGCAUCACAGUUCCCUUCUUGCCAUGGAGCAACCGAGCCAGAUCUGAGCUUCAAGGAGUGUAUCCAGGCAUACGCUAUGGAGAAAGGCUUGCUGUUUAUGCCUAGAGUUGGCAGGUUCUACAAUGGCAUGCCAGUGUAUGAGUUUGGCUCUGUAAAUAUUUGCUUAGACUCCGUGAGAGUAGUCUACGCACAACUUCGACAGGGAAUCGAGGGAUGGAGUGCUGUAUCUCUUAGGCAAUUGGUGGAAAUGAAUUGGGUAGGGAGAACUUGCUAA